GUACAAGUAACGAACAAGCGACAUCGCCAUCUUCAGACAUCGCCAUCAGUUACCGACAUCGCCAUCUUCAGACAAGAGAUUUCCUGGUUCUCCUUUUCUGAGUUCUGAAGUUCUCCCAAUCCUCAGACACAACCAGUUUUCUUGGAGGAAGCUGGUGGAAAAUGAAGACUUGCUAACCUGCUUUUCUCAAGAAACCUAAAACAAAGCAAUCAGAAUGGCAGGUCAAAUGAGUGCAAGUGCUGUCCUUGGCAAAUAUAACUUGAGUGAUCUACAGGAGUUGCUCGCCAUAACCACUUGUACUUGGUUGCAGCCCACUAAUGAGUUUCACCUUCCAGUAGAGUACCCUACUGGACUUGCUAGCCAAAUGAAAGACUUCAGCCAUUCCAAUGCUAUAAUUCUAACUCCUAUGGUUCCAGAUGCUCCUUUGAAUUAUAAAGAAGUUCAACAAAUUUUGCGAGAAUUGGUGAUGGGUAUUUAUAUUCUAAACCAAGUUCCAACUAUUUAUUUAGAUGGCAAUUAUGAUUGUAGUACCACAUGUGUCCUGUCUCCAGCUUAUCGUGAUACUCUAAUUGGGCAAAUUUUGAUAAAUGUGGACUACACUAUGAAAGCACUUUGGCAUGGAGCCUACAUGCCAACUGAAAAAAGAAAACGAUUUUCAGAAGUAUGGCGUGCCAAUCUGGAAAUCAAUGUCGAUGGCACUUCAAAAUUAGGGGCAGAUAUACCUUCUGAAUUCCUUAGAGCAGGCCUUAUAGAUAUUUCAACUGAUCCUGACUUCACAGGGAUCUAUAGUACUGAUGUGUACCUUGAUCCGUCGUAUGAUCCCAAUAACUGUGCGGAGAUAACAUUAUUUAUGCAACAUGUGAACAACAUUUUACUACAAAUCAAUCCUUAUAUUACCUACGUAAGGCAGCACCAAAAUGUGUUCAUGUGCGAUGCAACCUACACCCUUAGUAAUGCAAUUAAACUUACAGAAGAAGAAAUUGAUCUGGUGGCCUACCAGAGACUACAGCAGAGACUGAUUAUCCAGCAGAAACUUGUUGAGAAUUAUCUGGAGAGAAAAGCAGAGAUCCAUAGAAACAUUGCCUACCUCAAACUCAUUGCCUUUCUUAUACCUUUCCUUAUUGCAUUGAGGGGGAAGAAGAAAGUUCCAGAUCUGAGCAGAAUCCUACCUCCAUUUUCUGAUGACAAGUUAAAAACCGAGCGUGAGUUUCCACCCCUUCUUUUAGGUCCAAACUUCAAAUGUAAACAUUUUCUGUACAAUACAAAUGAGUACUUCCAUUUGCAUGGUGGAAUUGAAUUUGACAUUGGAACCCCUGGAAUUGAGGACUUGCCUGAACAUAUUAAGGCUAACUUUACUGAUAUCCAGACCCAAGCAAUGUACCACUUGAAACAAUUGUUCAAACCUGAUAUGCUACUCAGGGGUCAAUAUACCAUACCUACUAUGAAGUUUGAGGGGAAAAGUUAUUAUGCAAUUGCUAUAGAGCUCGAAAGCAUCUUUCUCACAGUGCAGAAGUCUAAAUGGUGGAAAAUAAUCCAUGACGUAAUCCCUCUGCUCAAAUCUGAUAAGCUACCGUUAAAUGGAACUCAGUUGAAUGAACAAUUAAAGAAAAAAUUUGGUCAUAAACAGACCUUAAAAUGCAAGGAUUUGGCCAUUGGUCUAACAGCUGCUACCAAGAGUGGACUUGCUGCUGUCUUUUACACAUACUGUCAACAAAAUCCAAUAUCUCAACUUGGAGUUGUAGAUGGAUCCGGUUAUGCACUUAUUCAUCAUGCUGCAAUCCACAAUCAUGUGUCAAUCAUCUGUCAGUUGACCGCAAUACACCUGAAAAUUAACCAGCGUUGUACUGACUAUUUAUUCAAUAUGGGUAAGCUCGAAAAACCAUCAGGUUUGUUUAUGAGUCCAACUGCUUUGCAUAUGGCAGCCAAAUGUGGGUCACUUGGUUCAUUAACAUGCCUACUGGCCCUGCGGGCAGAUGUCACCAAGGUUGAUAAACGAGGCUGGACAGCUAUUCAUUUUGCUGCAUUUUAUGACAAUGUUUCUUGCAUUAGAGCUCUAUAUCGAAAGGAUCCCAAGUUUUUAGAGUUGGAGACUUCAGCUCAGUACAACUCUACUCCACUAUUGCUUGCUUCAAUGGCUGGUGCAUUUGAUUCACUUCAAUAUUUACUAUCCCUUGGAGCCAAUUUAACAACGCUUGACAGUGAAAACAACAAUGUUAUUCAUUUGGCAGCACUCUACUCCCAUACAGAAAUCCUCAAGUACAUCAUUGAGCAGAAUAUUCCAGAGCUACCUGUCUGGGAACUCCUUACAGAAAUGAUGAAGAGCAAAGAAUAUAAAAAGCAGGAGAUGGGAGUGAGAUCACUUGAGGUUCUUUGCGUAACAGACAAGCAAUACUGGAAAGCAAUUCAUUCUGCAGGUAGCAUUCCUGCUCUUGUAGAUCUGUUACACAGUAAAUAUGAGACUCUGCAAUGUAUUGCUGCUGCUGUGCUGUGUAAUCUCUCAAGCUAUCCUGAAGUCUGCCAAUCGAUUAUUGAUUAUAAUAUCAUCCCAGUUCUUAUUGAAUUACUGCACAGUAAACAGCCUGAGCUUCAAUCACGUUGUUCUGUCAUCCUGUAUGAUAUUGCCCUGAUUGAUGAUAACGCCAGUCUAAUCGCUUCCCUUGGUGCAAUUCCUCCACUGGUGAGGAUUUUAAAUUCUGAAGUCGAAGAUGUAUUAAUCAAUGCAACUAGAUGCAUUCGGAUAUUAUGCACUAAUAAUCCAGUUAAUCAGACCUUAGUAGCAAAUGAAGGAGCAAUUCCUCUAUUAGUGGAGCUGUUAAGUGUGACUUCAGAAGCUCUGCAGGGUGAUGCAUCAGUUGCUUUGGCUGAAGUUGCACGUGGUCACACAAUGAACCAAAAUGCGAUUGUUGCUGAAGGCGCAGUGGUCGCACUUGUAAACAUCCUCAGUGGACGGAAAAUCAGGAUGCAGAUGAAAGCAAUAAAAGCAGUGGAGGUUUUAGCUGACGGAAAUGCUGCAGUUCAAAAAGAAUUCCUGAAAGUGUCUACUGACAAGCACAUUAUGAAGCUUCUCAAGGUAUUUGAAAUAGAGAUUCGAGAGCAAGCAGCAACAGCUUUUUGGGCAUUAGCAGGCCAGACACUGACACAACGAAAGAAGAUGGCCAAGGAUAUUGGUUAUAGUUUGGUCAUUGAUCUUUUGUUAUCAUCAUCUGAUAAAAUGCACAAUGUUGCUUGCCAGGCACUAAUUGCACUGAGUGAGUGUAACAAAGAACAACAAGACAAUAUUUGUGCGAAAAAUGGAAUUUCCCCUUUGGUACGACUUUUACGAAGCUCUACAAUAUCUUUGCGUACAUUGUUGAGUGCCAUUGCAGCACUGGGUACUAUGUGUGUUGGUGUAGCACACCAAAAUAAUCCCAUCAGUCAACAAAAAAUUACUGAAGGAGGAGGCAUGGACGUCCUCCUUUAUUUGCUUUUUUCUACAAAUUCUCCAGAAGUGCAGGUUGAAGUGAUCUACAGCUUGGCCUGCAUUGUGUUAGGAAACAAUGAACUACAGAAGCUCUUAAUGGAGAAAAAGGGCUUCAACGUCAAGAUUGCACUCAACCAUUUUAAUACUACUGACAAGAAUAUCUGUUCACGAGCAGCCAGUGCUUUAGCCCUUUUCGCAAUCAAUAAUCCAAAGUUACUGGAUUUGAUACGUGCAUGUGGGGGUGUUCAGAUGUUAGUGUUCCAAAAGCUUCUACAAUCGUCAGAAGAGCUGGACCAAGUUAAUGCUGCAUUUCAGAUGAUAAUAUUAGCCAAGGUGAUUGUAGGUAUGGAUGAGGUCACACUGUCAGCAACAGGUAUUAUAACUUUAGUAAAUCUGCUGAAGUCAAAGAAGGCAUCAACAGUCAUUGUAGUAGGACGGCUGCUGUCCUCUCUUACCCAGAUCAGAGAAGGUAUUUCUGAUGCCAUUAUUACAAUGGGAGCUGUGGAAAUCCUUUGUACACACCUAUAUGCUGAGAGGGAACAGGUUCGUGAUUCUUGUGCUACAGCCUUGGGAUACCUAAGUUUUAAUCGAACUGGUCAUCGUCACCUGCUCAAGGAGUGCAGGAAUCAGCCAGAACUAUUUGACCUUUUAAUAGCUAACAUAUGCAAAGAUGGCAAAAUCAGUAAGGAAUUUACAGAUGAAUUCAAGCUGCAAAAACUACUUGGCCUGCCUAUAGAGAGACUGGAAUUAAGCGAAGGCCAUCUGUCUGUGGUUCAACCAGAACAGAAAGUGAGAUUAAAAACAGCCAGUUGUCCUCAGGAACAGAAGAAAACAAUGACUUCAAGGUUAAAAUCUGCUCCCAAAUAAAAAGUCUAGGACUUAACUUCAGAAGAAAAUAUAAUUUGCUGGUUCUGCAACAAAACAAGCCUUCAAAUGAAAUGAAAUGAAAAGCAUUCAAAUAAAUCUAUCACACAAUUUGUUCUUGUUCUGGAAUCUAAACAGAAUGUCAAACUUGUUUCAGUUUACUCAGUGGCAAAGUUCAUAAAAAGCUUUCAGCAUAUUUCCAUUUUCCAAUCUAAGAUGAUGCUGGUUAAUGAUAGCAUAUUGUUAUCGGUUUUCUUACAAUAUUAUGUUACAACCUUUUUUGCCAAUUA